AUGCAGUACAAAGCCGCAGUUUUCUUGGGCGUCUUUGCUUCAUCACUCUUCCCGUCGAUUGACGCGGGUUCGGUUGCGUUCACGAGUUACUUCGAGGGCGGCAAUUGCUCCGGGACGCCACACUUCAUCUACGAGGAAGACUGCGAUAAGUGCAAAGUCGAAGAUUGUACCGUGACUUCCAUCGGAGGCACAGUCUAUUCGAGCAAGGUGGAUUGCUACGAGAGCGACCGAGAGGGGACUGCUUCCAUCUACGCUGAUGCGAGUGCGCCUUAUGUGCUGCUGGAGCAGUAUUCACCUCCUACUGGAUGUGACAACUGGGUGAACGGACUCGCAUUCUAUGCAGAUGGUCAGUGUCGUGUUCUACCCGACAUCGCGUCGUAUACUGCUGCCAUCGCUGUCGUCAAUGCGAACAUGUCACUAGAGUUGCAGUUGUUUAACGAUCCAGAGUGUACUGACGCUGUGAGUGACAUGUCCGUCUCGAGCACCGAUGUUGAGUACACGUGCUUUGCCGGCUACUCGGAAUCGUACGGUUUCGUGUACUACACAACGGCUUCGGACUCCGAAUCGGAGGACUGCAACGACUCUGACUAG